AUGCGCGCCCCAGCAGACUGGACAAAGAAGCAAAUCGCGCCGGCGCUAUUUUUGCUUCUAGGGCUCCAUGCGGUCUUGGUUCAUGGCGGUCCGCGAUCCGGGUCGAACGGGACGGCCGUGACCGUUACCGACGUAUGCGAGUCCCGAACUAUCAAUUACAUCACACAUACCCUUCCACAGCAGUGUCUACGGACCUCUUGGGCGAGUCCUACUACGGCGGCUGCAUCCGAAACGACUGCUUCGAGCACUACUACCACAACGGUGACGGCGACGACGACGGCGACGAGUUCAGAGAGUGUUGUGAAUGGUAGCACGGGGAGGACAACACAAGAUAAUGGUACAUCGAAAGAACAGGACGGCCAGGAGGAGCUGGCGGCUAGCUCCUUCAUGUCCUUCGAAGAAUGGAAGGAGAUGAUGUUGCGCAAGUCUGGCCACGACCCAGCACAUGUCAAGGCGCAUAAGCAGCGUGAAUCGCACCACAGGGGAGGGCGAGACCCGUCGCUUGACAACGGCGGCGACAGUUUCGGCGAAGAGGGCGAGAUCUCGUUGGAUUUCGAUGCCCUAGCCGAGAAGGUGUCCGAGAUAACAUCGCCAAAGUCUGGGUCGGUGGCCCCUGAUUCUAAGAAAGGCGAGGUCCGCGAGGAACAAGUCCUCUACGAUGACGGCAAAACCCAGUACUACCGCAGCAAGGAUGCCGGAAAGACCUGCAAGGAGAGGUUCUCUUACUCGUCGUUCGAUGCUGGCGCAACUGUUCUGAAGACGAGUCCUGGCGCUAAGAACGCCAAAGCCAUCCUGGUCGAGAACAAGGAUUCUUACAUGCUGCUGGAGUGCCGACAAAAGAACAAGUUUGUUAUUGUUGAACUUAGUGACGAUAUCCUUGUCGACACCAUCGUCAUCGCCAAUUUUGAAUUCUUCUCUAGCAUGAUACGCCACUUCAGGGUCAGCGCAAGCGACCGCUACCCCGUCAAGGACAACAAGUGGGUUGAGUUAGGCACCUUCGAGGCCCGUAACUCGCGAGACAUUCAGGCAUUUUUGGUUGAGCAUCCUCAUAUCUUUGCCAAAUAUAUCCGCAUUGAAUUCCUGACCCACUAUGGCAACGAGUUUUACUGCCCGGUGUCGUUGCUCCGUGUCCACGGCACUCGCAUGUUGGACACCUGGAAGGAACCUAGCCACGACAACGAGCCUGAACAGGUCGAAGGAUCACCUCAAGAACCGGCCGCCCCAGUGUCGGAUGUCCAACAGGACAAUUUGUCAGUCAGCGAUAAUUCAUCGUCGACAGUUCUUAUCCAAGUCCAGGAUAAUUUCACGGAAGCGGUCACCGAAACGAGCCUUACGCCAUGGUUACCGGUCUUUUAUAGCGAUCUGUCUCUCGAAGCCUGCCCGUUACGCUCGCCAACGGCUGUUCAGGCGACACCUGUUCAACCGAGUGCGAAUGGCCAUCUACAUGAACCCGUUGCUGGCAACGAGAAAGCGACUAUAUGGUCCUCUUCAAGCGCAAAUUCUGACGAGCCAGCUAACGGAGCUAGCGCUCCUAUGAUUCAUUUAUCGUCGGAAUCGGCCAUGGCCCAGGAGAAGCCCUCGAAUCCCUCUCCUGUAGGCCCAAAUGCACAACCUAAUGGUGCUGGCACCAACAGCACCGCGAGAAGCUUCAACGGCAAAUCCUCUGAUGUCCAUGCGGACGCAUCAGAGGCAUCUUCCUCCGCAACGACGACCACCAACCGCAACAAAACCACUUCCAUAUCCACCUCCCCCUCCGCUUCACCAACUGUCCAAGAAUCCUUCUUCAAAACCGUCAACAAGCGCCUCCAGCUCCUCGAAUCCAACACCUCGCUCUCCCUCCAGUAUAUCGAGCAACAGUCCCGCUUCCUCCAGGACGUCCUCCUGAAGAUGGAGCGCAAGCACAUAACGCGCAUCGACGCCUUCCUCGAUAGCCUGAACAAGACCGUUCUCACCGAACUGCGUAACGUGCGCACGCAGUACGACCAGAUUUGGCAGAGCACCGUGCUCGCCCUCGAGACCCAGCGCGAGCAAUCUCAGCGCGAGAUCGUCGCACUCACGUCACGCCUCAACGUGCUUGCCGAUGAAGUUGUCUUCCAGAAGCGCAUGGCGAUUCUGCAGAGCGUGCUCCUCCUCGCCUGCCUCGUCCUCGUCAUUUUCAGUCGCGGCGGCUUGUCCGUCCUCGACGGCGGCCCUUCAUCACUUGCUUCCCUCCCGGGAAGCUUUGGCACUGCAGCAGGGGGAUCAUCGGCCUUCUCACCGUACCGACGCUACGGCUAUGGCCGUCCGUUGUCUCCUACACCCUCGGCGUCUUCCCCGUUCACUGUCGGCGCAGCUAGCGAUAAUAACGGAACCAGUAGCGGCAGUGGGGGGCUCGCAGCCUCUGCUAUGCCACGAUACCGAUCUACGGUGUUGGCCACUAACAGGGAUAAGUCCCUACCACUGACACCGACGGUAUCUGAGUAUGGCAGUCGGGAGGGGACACCUACAGUACAUAAACUUACCACCAACAACGGAGACUCUGGUGAAGAGUCACCAACGAGGCCAAGCACAGAACAGGGAGAUGAUAUUGAGGAUAUUGGGAUGCCUUCAACGCCACCAUCCGAAAGGAGAAAGGAAGGGGAAGGGGGAGGGGAAAGGGAAAGGGAAGGGACCAAAGGGGAGGAAGAGAAACCACCGCCGGAUCGGGCUCGGUCAAGCGUUGCGCAACUGGCUGGACUUAACAUGAAACCGUUGCCAGCGCUCCCAGAAGACCCGAGCUAG